UCUUCUCUUCCUCAUCGUUCUUUCCGUUUCUCUUCUACCAAAAAAAAAAAAAAAAAGUCAUCACAGUGGUUCCCUCACCGCUGCGAAUUUCAACGCCGGCGAUCGCAUUUCUCCGGUGAGAGAUAGAGAGAGAUCGGAGGGUAUGGCGAGCAGAGUUGACCACGAGUAUGACUACUUGUUCAAGAUCGUGCUGAUCGGCGACUCUGGAGUCGGCAAAUCCAACAUUCUCUCACGGUUCACCAGAAACGAGUUCUGCUUGGAGUCAAAGUCCACCAUCGGCGUCGAGUUCGCCACCAGAACUCUUCAGGUCGAAGGAAAAACUGUCAAGGCACAGAUCUGGGAUACAGCAGGGCAGGAGCGAUAUCGUGCUAUCACCAGUGCAUACUAUAGAGGGGCAGUGGGUGCUCUCCUUGUCUAUGACAUAACUAAGCGCCCAACAUUUGAUAAUGUUCAAAGGUGGCUCCGUGAAUUGAGGGACCACGCAGAUUCUAAUAUUGUCAUCAUGAUGACUGGAAACAAGUCUGACUUGAACCAUCUUAGAGCUGUUUCAGAGGAUGAUGGUCAGGCACUGGCUGAGAGGGAAGGUCUCUCAUUUCUUGAGACAUCAGCACUUGGAGCAACCAAUAUUGAGAAGGCAUUUCAAACUAUUUUAACAGAGAUCCACCAUAUCAUUAGCAAAAAGGCACUGGCAGCCCAGGAAGCAGUCGCGAGCACUACCCUUCCUGGUCAAGGAACUACUAUCAAUGUUGGUGAUGCUUCUGGGAAUACGAACAAAAGGGGUUGCUGCUCUACAUAAACAGAUGACUGACACCUAGGGGAGGAGAAGGAUUUGCUGGAUAAAACAUUUUUUAGUUUUUUCUUCCUUUUUGGGUGAAAGGGGGAGAACCAUGUAGAAUACAGUUUUACUUAAUUGAGUUGUGAUAAGGAAGCUUGUGAAUCAAAAUUUACAGUGGUUAUGGUACUUUUUUGGGGGUCUGCUUUACCGUAUGCGCUAUUUAUGUUUGAAAAAUUGUAACUAUUGAAAUUUGGAAUGUUGGGUGGAAACUUGGCAUCUCGAAUUAAAGAAUUAAUGGAACAAAAGAGACCUUGUUUGUUCAGAGCUU